AUGUCGCCUUCGCAUAAAAGAACCUAUAAGGUCAAUAUCCUGGGCGCCGGAGUCUCGGGUCUCUCGACAGCACUUGCUCUCCUGGAGAAGAAGAACUACUCCGUCAAAAUCUAUGCGACCCAUUUGCCCUCCGAUCUUAGCAUCGACUACACUUCCCCCUGGUACGUUCGCAUCAUCGAGCUGGACACAGCAACAUUCAACCGACUGGCACAUUUGGCGGAUACGGAUCCCAACGCGGGAGUCAUGUACCUGACCGGUCAUGACUUCUGGGAUGUCAAGCCCAAAAACUUUGAGGACCCCUGGUUCAAGCGUCUCGUCAAGAAUUAUAGGCACCUCAAGCAGGAGGAGCUUCCACCGGGUGUCGAGUUUGGAAUCACCUACACAACUGGUACCGUCAACACGCUUCAUGUCUCAGGCAAUGGAUACUUUACCUAUGUCAUUAUCUAUCUAUCGGUACACGCACCAAAGUACUUGAAAUACCUUCAAGAACAGAUUCUCGCCCGCGGCGGAACCAUCGACCGCGCAACCAUUCCUUCCCUCAAAGCCCUCGCUCGGGCCCCUCACUCCACAGACGGCAGCAAAGCCGACAUCAUCAUCAACUGUUCAGGUCUCGGAAGUCGUAACCUGCCAGGUGUGCACGAUCACCAGAUGUUCCCUACGCGGGGUCAGAUUGUGAUUGUAAAGGUUCCCGAUUCACUUUGGCCAAAGGCGAAGCAGUUUACGAUGGAGCGGUAUGCGGAGGGGAGUGCUAUGGGUACCGGAACAAUCACUUAUGUCAUUCCUAGAGAUAAUGGCGAGAUUGUCCUUGGUGGUACCAUGGAGCACUGGAACUACCAAGAGGCAGCGUCAGAGGAGACGACAAAAGCCAUCGUCAAACGAGUAGUCGCCACAAAACCCGACCUAUUCUCAAACGCAACAAUCCUUAGAAGCUGCGUCGGACUCCGCCCGAACCGUCGCGGAGGUGUCCGUAUCUCCGCCGCAGUCGAACAAUUAGAUUGGAAUGAGGGGUGGGGGGAUUCGAAGGUGGUGGUGGUGGCGCAUAACUAUGGACAUGCAGGGUUUGGGUACCAGGCUAGUGUUGGGUGUGCGGCCAAGGUUGUUGAGCAGGUCGAAGGCUGUUUGAAUGAGUUGGAUCUUGUCCGUGCUUCUUCGAGGAGCAUGGCCAAGCUGUAG